GGGUCAGUUGAAAGAAGAGAGACAAAAUGAAAUGAGACUUUCAAUUGUUGAUGAGGAACGAAAUAAAUGCUUGUUGAUUGAAUAAAUAAGUUAUACGGGACACGUUCUGUGACAGAACGAUUGUUUAACUUUGCGUGUGAUUUACUUUGUGAAAAAUAUGAUGGGAAUGAGACUGAAUGCAUUUAAUGAUACCGGACUUGGAGAACCCGAGCAGGAUGCAAAUACUGCUCUUAUAGAGCUUGAUAAAGGUUUACGCUCUACCAAGACGGGGGAACAAUGCGAAGCUAUAGUACGCUUUCCUAGAUUAUUUGAGAAAUAUCCUUUCCCAAUAUUAAUAAACUCGUCUUUGCUAAAAUUGGCUGAAGUAUUUCGCACCGGGAGUAAUUUCUUACGAGUAUGGGUUCUAAGAGUGAGUCAGCAGAGCGAAAAGCAUCUGGAUAAAAUUUUGAAUGUAGAUGAAUUUGUAAGACGUAUCUAUAGUGUUAUACAUUCCAAUGAUCCAGUGGCCAGGGCUCUUACUUUGCGUACAUUAGGCAGUGUAGCGGGCAUUAUUCCUGAAAGGCAGCAGGUACAUCACAGUAUAAGAAGAUCUUUAGAUUCUCAUGAUUCAGUUGAAGUAGAAGCUGCAAUAUAUGCAGCUCAGAUGUUUGCAGCACAGUCUAAAUUAUUCGCUGUAUCUAUGUGUAGUAAGAUUUCUGACAUGAUCAGAGGUCAAGCGACUCCUGCUUCGAUGAAAUUGCAGCUUAUACCGAUCCUACAAUAUAUGCAUCAUGACACUUUCACAGCAUCAAUGGUAAAUGAAUUAUGUAUGGAGCUUCUUGCAAGUUAUCCAGCAGCAGAAUUUGUUAGAGUCACUUUGAGUGCGCUAAGCACUUUGGCUUCUGCAACGUUAAUAGAUGUACCGCAACAGGUUGCGUUAUUAUUACGCUAUUUGCAAAAUGACCCAAGACUGUCUGUUAAACGUCAUGCCCUGUAUCUUCUGCAUAGUUUAGCUAGAAGAGGGGCACAUCUCUGGCCACAGGGUGCUCUCAAUAAUUUAAUUGAGAGUACCACAACACUUUUGCAAGAUGGUGCGGGAAAUACAGAUCUUCUUAUUCGUACUUUAGAUGUAAUUGAGGUACUUAGCCAAAAUGCUGCAACAUGUGAUGCAAACAUGGAGGAAAAUAGUCCCUUAUUGCAAUUAUGUUUAAAUGCAUGUUAUUCACCUGAUCCGUUUGUCGCAGUAAAAGCGAUUACUAUACUUUCUAGAGUUGCCUGUUAUUGUUAUCAAGAAGGAUUGCCCGCUUAUGGUAUACAAGAUGUAAUCUCUUGUCUUGAAUCUUUGAUCGUAUUAUUGGCUCUGGAUGACAAGCAUCUACAUCAAUUAAAGGCAUGUCUACGUUCGAUAGUAAAAUUAUGUCAAUCACAACCCAGUCAUUGCAGUAUGUUCGUCGAUGCUAUUGGUUCUACUCUUAUCAAUGCCAGUGCAGAAAAUGAUCAAAAUGAGAAGCAGACGGUCGCACUAUGCGAAGCUUUAGGUGCAAUCGGUAGUUUAGGAGAGAAUACAUUACUUUCACUUUUACCAGACAUUUUGAUAAAGCUCAAACAAAUCUCUCAUGUACAUACAAAGGUAAUGCUUUGUACAUUACUAUUCCAAAUGGUGGCUGGAGGAUAUGAAUGGAAUUUAGAAUGUUUGGAGGCAGUAGACAAUGUUGUGAAAAACGUAGAUGGCUGGGCGAAAUAUCGCAUCGCGCGUAGCGCCGCAAGAUACGGCCAUCAUACAAUUGCUACUGAAAUAUUCAAAGGUUUAAAAGAAACUGUAGCAUCGGAGCAGCUGCAUUUUUGGCUAUCUGGUUUAGAAUUAGUUACAAAAGCGGAAUGUUGUCUUAUGAAUAAAACAGAGGACGAAGAGAAUAUGAGUAAAGCCGAGAUUGUAGAAAAGUUGAAUGGCGCGAUAGCGCGUUAUGCAAGCGCUUGCGCGUCGCUCAAAGCCGCUAGCACUCCAUUACGCAGUUUACAAUUUCCAAGUGAAUAUUCAAAAUUACGUUGUGAAUUUUUGCAAUCCAUAGCACAGCUACUACAUUCAUGCAUAUCGUUAUGCACCGCACCACCACCCGCUAUAGCUGUCACGGUUGUCAUUGCAACAAAAGAUGAUCUUCAGAGAUAUGGACGCGUUACACAUCAGUUAAGAAAAUCAGCACAAGAUUUGAAAAAUUGUGCAGAAAAUUAUCAAAGGCUAUAUCAAUCAGCUUUUGAUGCUGAUCCAGAGUCAUUGGCAAAUAUUCGGGCAUUACAAGAAAUAUGCCGAUUACUUGCAAACAGUGUUGAACGAGUUUGUGGUGGAUCUGGUAUUUCAAUGUAUCAGCAGCAGAAUGAUCCCGUGAAUUUUCAUUUCGGCGAUUCGGUGGAGAUGCGACAGUUGGCUCGUUGUUGUGCCGAGCUGCGUCGAUUAGCACCAUCCUGGGUAGGCAGUGAUGGCAAGAGUGGAGCUAUCAGCCACUUGAGAGUCAGUUGUUUGAUGUCACAAGUGACAUUGCUCGCCGGCGGAACGAUGAGAUUACCGAUUCCACGGUACUUUUUCCAAACUCUGCAAACUACUAGUAUUAAGCUAUCAGUGUCGCCUCAACCGCGUGUUCUCGGUGAACCAGUGUCUGUGCCGCAAGGUAGCCAACUAGCGCUCAAAGUCGAAGGAGUAUUGCGACAUGGACGACGAGCAUCUCUCUUCCGCUCUGUCGCUGCCGUAUGCAUUUCUAUCUCAACAACGCCACCUUCAAAAAUAAAUUCUGAUCAAAAGGAUUCCAAUAUAAACGAAUUGCAGCAAACGGUAAUACCUCAUCGGGAUUUCUUUGCUUGCGAGUUUUUACUGUCUUUAGGAAUACCUGGUCCUACGAUUGUGCCACCGUGUGCGGUUGGUGCAAGUACUGUUCCAGGUAGUGGUGGACAAUAUCAGAUUACAGCAAGCGCGAGUAUACUCGAUAAGGAUGGCAAUGUGUGGAAAUGUGGUCCGCGUUCUACUCUGCCCGUUAGAGUACAUGAAGAGCCUGCGAAGAGGAAAUUACCCUAA